AUAUUGGAAUCAAAAUUAUGAAUUUCACUCCUUUUGUUUGGGUAGAAAAAGCUGCUUCUUUUUGUUAUUUAUGUGCACAGCUGAAGUUUCUUUCUGCAGAAAUACUGAAAUUCUGGUGAGAGUAUGUGUUGUUAAUUUUUUCUUCUUAAUUCUGGGUUCCUGUUAUUUUUUGUAAUCUUUUUAGUUUGUAUAUGUGAUAUUGACAAAUCACUCUAUGGAUUGAAAUUUUUGAUUGGGUAUCUCUGUUCCUGUGGGCUAUAUGUCUACUUUUGCAAAUCUGGACUUGCAUGCAAACAAAAUAAGGUGGCAAGUGGAAUUGACCAAAUCUGUCUACUCUGCAUGCAAAAUUUUCCAAAAUUAACAAAAUAUACGCUUUUUUAAUGUUGAUGGCAAGAACCUUUCUGGAAUUGGAUUCCUCUUUGAGGGUGUCUCUGUCUACAAUUUUUCUUUUUAUUCCCCUGAGUGUAUGUAUGGAAGAGGCGCCUUGGAGCAGAGGAACGGUAGAAGUUGUUUCCAGUGUGACUUAUAGGUCACGGGUACGAGUCGUGGAAGCAGCCGCUUGCAUGAGGUUAGGCUGUCUACAUCACAACCCCGAGGUGUGACCCUUCCUCGGACCAUGCGUGAACGCGGUGCUCUAGCUUGUAAUGAGCAUCUUUUUGAUAUCAUAGUCACCUAUGGGGGCAUCUAUCAUGGCGGUGGCGACACCUAAGAAAAAGAGUGUCUUUGUUGACGGGGUAACAUGGGGAAUAAAGGUGAAACAGCUGCCUUUUAUGGUGAUUAUGUGUACAGUUAUGUUGUUUAUUGUGUAUAGGACCACUAAUUAUCAGUAUCAACAGACAGAGAUGGAGUCGAAGUUAGACCCCUUUUAUUCUUCAAAGGAUUCCGAUGUGGAUAUCACACGUUUGAACAGUUUGCCUCGUGGUAUUAUUCAACCAAGCUCAGAUCUGGAGUUAAUGCCUCUUUGGUCUACAAGUGGUUCGAGAUCCAAGGCUAGCAUUUCUAGCUCUCGCAACCUGUUGGCAAUUGCAGUUGGUGUUAAACAAAAGAGUAAUGUUGAUGCUCUUGUCCAAAAGUUUCUUUCAGAGAAUUUUACGAUUGUCUUGUUCCACUAUGAUGGACAUGUUGAUGGCUGGUGGGACCUCCAAUGGAGUAAAGAAGCCGUUCAUAUUGUUGCAAACAACCAAACAAAAUGGUGGUUUGCGAAGCGGUUCUUACAUCCUGCUGUUGUUUCUAUCUACGAUUACAUUUUCCUUUGGGAUGAAGAUUUGGGCGUGAAGAAUUUCCACCCUGGAAGGUACCUCAAAAUUGUGAAAUCAGAAGGACUGGAAAUUUCUCAGCCAGCGCUGGACCGAAACUCAACAGAUAUACAUCAUAGAAUCACAAUAAGAAGCAAGAAGAAAAGGUUCCACAGAAGAGUGUAUGAUAGUAGAGGUAGUACAAAAUGUUCAGAUGAAAGCGAAGGUCCGCCAUGCAGCGGAUUUGUGGAAGGAAUGGCUCCUGUUUUUUCAAGAUCCGCUUGGCUUUGUGCUUGGCAUCUUAUACAGAACGAUCUUGUUCACGGAUGGGGAAUGGACAUGAAACUUGGUUAUUGUGCACAGGGGGACCGAACCAAAAAAGUUGGAAUAGUUGAUAGUGAAUAUAUCGUUCACCAAGGCAUUCAAACUCUGGGAGGGCCAUCUCUGAAAAAGCGUUCAAAUCUUGACGAGUCUGCGAAGAGACACGACGUUGACGUGCGAUCUGAGAUUCGAAGACAGUCAACGCAUGAGCUACAAAUAUUUAAGGAACGGUGGGAACGAGCUGUUGAGGAAGACCAAAACUGGGUGGAUCCAUUUGAAGCUAGCAGCCGGAAACGUAGACAACGGCUUAAACAAAUACGAAAAUUAAAGAUUAAGCUAAAAGACGAUGUUUAACGGUAAGCAAAGACGCUAAUACUGGCUUGAUUGAAGACAAUAAUACGAGGUUAAGCUUGAGCCAAAUGUCAUUAUCGUCAUGUCACUUGACCGCACCCGUCCAGUUGCAGGGAGACUUGUAAAUUAUUAUUUUGUAUAGGCUUAUUGAAUCCCAUGAAUAGUUUAUUGUUUCAUGGUUGUGAUAAGUUCUCCAGCCUAUUUUUUAA